AUGGCGUCGCCCGACCUGGACACGCCGCUGCUCAAGGUCAGCCGCCCCGUGGCGGCGUGCUCGCGGUGCCGCAGCGCGAAGAUCCGCUGCGACGGCAAGCUGCCGGCGUGCUCGGCGUGCGAGAAGGCCGGCCGCGCGCGCAGCUGCUCGGGCGCCACGGGCGGCUUCGCGAAGGGCAAGGAGCGCAGCUACGUGGCCUCGCUGGAGGCCCAGUGCGAGCGCCUGGAGGCGCGCCUGGCCGCGCGGUUGUUGAGCAGCACUGCUGGUGCUGGUGCUGGUGAUGCGGACCAGCCCGCCGCGCACCGCCGCGAGACGUCCAACAUCGACGACCUGGUCGGCGACUUCGGCUUUCUCGCCGUCAACGCCACGUCGCGCGACUUCUACGGCAUCCGCGCCGCCACCUCGUUCGCCGGCCUGCUGCUGGCCGUGGCCGCCGCCGCCCCGCUGCCGCUGCCGCCCGCGCCCGCGCCGCUCCCGCCGCACGCCCAGCUCGCCGGCCUCACGCGCGCGUACUUCGACGCCGUGCACCCCGUCGUGCCCGUGCUGGCCGAGACCGCCUUCUGGGCCGCCGUGGCCGCCGUGUACCAGGACCGCGGCCGCUUCGCCGCGCCGCACGACCGCUGGACGCUGCGCCUGGCGCUGGCCAUCGCCGCCGCCGCGCGCGCCCGCCGCGCCGCUGACGCCGACGCCCGCGCCGCCGCCGCCCACGUCCACGCUGCGCUGGCCGACGCCGACGACGUGCUGCGCCCGGGCUCGCUGGCCGGCAUCCACGCGCUCGUGCUGCUGGCCCAGUACGCCGCCCUGCACCCCGCCUGCUUCCGGCCGUGGUAUCUCGUCGGCGCCGCCGCCCGCGUGGCCACCGACCUGGGCCUGCACCAGGAGCACGCCUCGUCGCGCGCCCUGGGCCGCGCCGCCCUCGACGCCCGCCGCCGCACGUUCCACUGCGUGUAUGCGCUCGACCGCUUCGCCAGCAUGGCGCUCGGCCGCCCGUUCUCCUUCUCCGACGACUCCGCCAACGUGCCCUUCCCCGCCGAGCCGUCGUCCUCGUCCUCGCCCGACCCCCCCGCCGCGCCGUUCCUCCGCAGCAUCGCGCCCGCGCGCUGCAUCUUCCAGAUCCGCCAUUUCCAGUCCGCCGCCUACCAGGACAUGUUCUUCAGCGGCCGCGCCCCCACGCCCGCCGACGCCCGCGACCUCGCCGCCGAGCGCUGUGCCGCCGCCGCCGCCUGGUUCCAGAGCUGUCCCGCCGACGCGCCCGCGCCCUUCGCCACGCUGUUCCGCCUCGAGUUUCUGUACACCGUCGUGCUGGUGCUCUCGCCCUCGCGCCGCGCCCCGGCCCUCGACCAGCUGCAGCCGCGCCGCCUCUUCGACUACGCCGCCGCCUUCGUCGCCCUGCUCGCCCGCGAGAUCGCCUCCGCCUCCGCCUUCACCGCCCUGCUCUCCUACCUCGACAUCGAGCGCGCCUACACCGUCGCCUGCACGCUGCUCAACCUCCUGCGCCAGCACCCCAACGACGUCCUGCAGCCCUUCCCCCCGGACCACCAGCAGCAGCAGCAGCAGCAGCAGCAGCCCUCGCCGCCCGCCGCCGCCGGCCUCCUGUCGCCCAUGCAGCUCGGCCUCGCGAUACCCACCGGCCACCACCACGACGACCGCCUGACGCGCGCCACCGCCUUCAUCUACGACGCCCACUGCAUCUUCGAGUACGCCGUCGUGCGCUGGGACGUGCGCCGCCCGCGGGACGACUUCGCCCGCCACGCCGUCGACGUCCAGGCCCUGCUCGCCGCCCGCGUCGACCCGCCGCACUAUCCGUCGCCCGACUACGACCGCGACCGCCUCUAUGCCUCCGUCUCGUCGUCCGCGCCGCCGCUGGGCCUGCAUCUCUUCCAGCAGCACCACCACCCGCCGCCGCCGCCGCCGCCGUCGCGACACAGUGCAUAA